AUGGUGUCAGCGUCAGAGAGGGCGCGCCGGCUGCGCCCCCCCGGGGCGCCCCCGGCCGCCGCCCGCGCUCUGCAGGUGUCGUCGGGACCCUCGCCGAGACGUGAGCGAGGCGAAGAACGCGCACGUGACCUUUCCGCGGUGCCGAAGCGGCGGCGCGCAGAGAAGAAGAAGAAGCUCCCCAGCGGGCUCGCGGAGGCAGAGGCGCAAGGUGGCGGAAUCAACGCUACGCCCCAGCCUUCUACACCGAUCCAGCUCCUCGACGAGGGCGAGUCAACCGAGCUCGCGCUGGCGCAGCUUUCGGCAACCCGCUCCGCUCUGCCCCGCCUCCCGCCGCACCCCUCGACCGACGCGGCCGGGCGCCCCCUCGCGGCGACGGCGCCGCGCGACCAUCGGCGCCAAGAGCCCCUGCAGCCGUCGGGCGGCUACCAUGCCGCGCGCCCCAGCGCCCCCCCGCCAGCGCCGACGGCGCUUCAGAGCCUCGGGUCAACGGACGUCGGCUCCCCCCCCUCCAUCUUCGACGUCGCUCCCGGCGUCCGAGCGGCAAACGUGCCGCCGCCGCUGGUGGCGCCCCUCGCACCGGGCUACGCCCUCCUCCCCUCCGCCCCGGCAGGCCCCCAGCCGGCGGGCGGAGAAGGCGGCGCGGGGGGCGAGGGGCUACGCUUCAGGAGCGAGGACCACCCCAUCAACCCCACCUUCGUAGUCGCCGCCGUCUGGCGCUACAUACCGGAUGCCUCGUCCAUCAAGAGCCUCGCCUUCGAGCGAAUCGUCCAUCAGCCAUCCAGGGAGGGCCUUGGCCUCGACCUCUACGUCCCAGUGGACGGGGCCGUCGGGCACUUCGCGGACGUCGCCCGGCGCCUCUCCACCCUCUCCCACCCAGUUGAGGGCCAGGAGGGGCGCACCUUCCGAGUCUCGGUGAGCCUCAUCAACCCGCGGCAGAACCGCCCGCAGCAGGGCCCUGCCCGCACCCGCUCUCUCGCGAUCGCGUUCCCUCCAGCCACCGCCUCUACGGUUGGCCUCAAGGGGGCCAUAUCCCAAGCCUUCCAAGCCAACGGCUUCGAGGACGCCCAGUUCCGGCCCGCCAAAAGCCCCUCCAACGAGCUCAAGCUCGCUGUGACUUGCGGGACCAUCGCCUUCACCAACUACACCGGCUCUCGCGCGGCGAACUUCCACGCGAUGACCCGCGAGGGAGGGAUCCUCCUCCGCUUCGCUGGAGGGGGAAUCGGCUCUGCCUCCAUCCGCACCGCUGAGUACGGCAUGGACGCCCUCACUCGGGACGAGCUAGGCCUCCGGCCCGGGCGCCUAGCGAUCCGCGACCUCAUACCGGCCUCGGCAUCCUGA